AUGCUGGAUACACAACCUCUUUGGAUGAAAUCCAAACCACGCCGGUGGGAGGAUCUGAGAUCUUCACCAGAAUUAGAAAAUGAAAAGGGUAGUAAACCAGGUAUAAAUUUUGAAUUAAAACAAUUGCCUGUAAAUCUUAAAUAUGUCUUUCUAGGAUCUGGAACAAAUUAUCCUGCUAUUAUCAGUUCUGAGCUAAAUGCCAUAGAUGAGGAAAAGUUGAUACAGGUACUAAAGAAGCAUAAAAGUGCUAUUGGGUGGACUAUUGAGGAUUUGAAAGGUAUUAGCCCCACAGUAUGCAUGCAUAAGAUACUAAUGGAGGAUAAUCAGAAACCAGUAGUGCAACCACAAAGGAGGUUAAACCCAGCAAUGAAAGAAGUGAAAGGAGGAACCACAGUAAUUUUAAAUGAAAAGAAUGAACUGAUCCCAACUCGCACAGUAACAGGGUGGCGAGUAUGCAUCGAUUACAGAAGACUGAACACUGCAACAAGAAAGGACCAUUUUCCUCUCCCGUUUAUUGAUCAAAUGUUAGAAAGACUUGCAGGUCAUGAGUAUUAUUGCUUUCUGGAUGGAUAUUCGGGAUACAACCAAAUUGCUGUAGCCCCGGAAGAUCAGGAAAAGACUGCAUUUACAUGUCCUUAUGGUAUUUUCGCUUAUAGACGGAUGCCAUUUGGGUUGUGCAAUGCCCCAGCUACUUUUCAGAGGUGUAUGACAUCUAUAUUCUCCGACAUGCUUGAGAAGUAUAUGGAGGUGUUUAUGGAUGAUUUCUCUGUGUUUGGUUCUUCUUUUGAUAAUUGUUUAGCUAACUUGUCUCUGGUUUUGCAAAGAUGUCAGGAAACUAACCUUAUUCUCAAUUGGGAGAAAUGUCAUUUCAUGGUGCAGGAAGGAAUUGUGCUAGGACACAAAAUUUCCCACAAAGGAAUUGAAGUGGACAAAGCCAAAGUGGAGGUGAUAGCUAACCUCCCACCUCCUGUGAAUGAAAAAGGGAUAAGGAGUUUUUUGGGUCAUGCAGGUUUUUAUCGCAGGUUUAUCAGAGACUUCUCAAAAGUCGCCAAACCAUUGACUGAUUUGCUAGUCAAGGAUAAGCAAUUUAAUUUUGAUAAAAACUGCAUGGUAGCUUUCGAAACUUUAAAGAGUAAGUUGAUCAGUGCACCUGUUGUAAUCGCCCCCGAUUGGUCCUUGCCGUUCGAAAUAAUGUGUGAUGCAAGUGACCUUGCUGUGGGGGCUGUCCUAGGACAGAGAAAGGACAAAUUAUUGCAUGUGAUUUAUUAUGCUAGUCAUGUCCUUAACCCGGCCCAAAUGAAUUAUGCAACUACCGAAAAGGAGUUGUUGGCCGUGGUUUACGCUUUUGACAAAUUUAGAUCAUAUUUGCUUGGUUCAAAAGUCAUUGUGUAUACUGAUCAUGCUGCUUUAAAGUAUUUGUUUGCUAAGCAGGAAUCAAAGCCGAGACUUUUGAGAUGGAUCCUCCUCCUUCAGGAGUUUGAUUUGGAAAUCAAAGACAAAAAGGGGUGCGAGAACACGGUCGCGGAUCACUUAUCUCGCAUGUCCCCAAUCAAAGAGACUGAGGAGGAACAUCCUAUUAAGGACACAUUCGUUGAUGAGAAAAUACUUGUUGUUCAGGAGAUACCAUGGUUUGCUGACUACGCGAAUUAUGUGAUCAAUAUCAUGUCUCAAUCACCCAACGAAGUCAACAAAUUCCGUACCACCUACCAUGAAGAUCGAUAUGAACAAAUCAAGGGUCGAAGCAUGGUUGAAGAAAAACAUUGGAUGUAUCAGAAUGAUACGUAUCCAGAGGUCACGAAUAUUCUAAAAAAGCAGAAGUUGAUCUACUUUAAUGACAAAAUCCAACCGGUUUCACUGGAUUUGAUCUGGGAGUUUUACGCGAAUGCGCUACGGGUAACAUCUGAUGAAGACGAUCCCACAGGGAAUGCAGCGUUCGUGUCAUGGGUCAGGGGCACAACGAUCAAAUUUGAUGGAAAAACGAUUAACAGUGUGCUGAAAUGCAAAUUUUAUGAUUCCGUUUGUCCGUUUAACGAAAUGAAACGGUCGGACAAGAACUAUUGGCCUUAUGCUGACAUGAAAAACUCACUGAUUAGGCCAGGCCACGAUUGGGCACCCACUUCAAAAAUCUCUCCGGCAAAGGUUAUGGUGGUUGAUCUAGCUCCGAUUCCGAAGGCAUUGGCCUAUUUCAUUCAUCACAAUCUGAGUACUAAUCGAAGCGGGUCAGAAUUGAUAUCCGAACGUGCCUUACUGCUCCAUCAGAUCCUGCAUCAGAAACAAGUGAACAUUGGACAAAUCAUAGCUGCUGAUAUGGAUGACAUCGCUCAGUCACCUAAGAAAUCAUUAGGCCAUGCGACUGUGAUUUACCUGCUGUGCAAGAAAGCGGGUGUUCCGGACUUCUCUGAGUCGCUGAUGUUGCGACCUGCUGCACCGCUGAACGCCCACUGGAUGAAGGAGAGGACAGUCACAGAUGAUCAGCCCCGACCUCUGAGGCAACCACGAGACAGGGAGGGAAGCACCAGUGCUCCGCACCAGGAGGCUCAGCCGACUGCAGCAGAGACACAGCCACCUCAGCCUCCUCCGAUUGAUGAGAACUCCAGAGAGUAUCGGAUGCAGAUGUCCCAGUUUUGUGUUAUGCAGGACUUCUGUUUUCAGUAUGGGCUGUCAGGGAGAGUUCUGACUCAUCAGACGGAUCUGUGGGAGGAGGCACAGCGCUUCAGAGAUAGAUUCUCGGGACCGCCUCCAGCCCCUCAUUUUGGCCAGUUCACCUAUCCUUGGUGGAACCAGCCAGUUCAGAUAGGGGGAGAGAUUCCGCAGCAGCCACCGCAGCAACCACCGCAUCAGACACCACCUCAGCAGCAACAGUCUCCGUCGGGCCACACAGAGACGUUGACGCCUAUCUCGGCAUUCGCACGAGGGCAGACUAUUUUGGACCCGACAGAUAUGAUUAAUUUUGAUACCCACAUGCAGGACGGUGGACAGAGUGAUUGA